AUGAGCAAUGCAACAGCUCCAUGUCAAACUGUCAGCAGUUCCGACCAUGAGAGUAUAGAUUCAGAGAUUGAGGCCAAAGCAGAAAAGAUCCAAUAUGCAAUCAGCAAGCAUGACAAAAAGCAGCUUCGAGAGCUUUCAGUCAGCAAGUAUGGACUCGUCAGUACAGAAUUAAGAGCUAAAUCAUGGCCAAUUCUAAUUGGAUGUCAUCUAGACGAGGAAGACACAGAUAACGUAGAAGGAAAGAGUUCCAGCCCGGAUUCGGUGAGUUCGCGUUAUCUGGCAAGGCACAGGGAUGAGCCGCAGGUACGGAAAGAUGUGGACAGGUCAUUUGUGCAUUUUCCGAAGGCAAUGUCCGAACAAAGAGAGAAAGAACUCAAACAAUUGCUAAGCAGGCUUAUUGUGAGGAUGUUGAGAGAGGUCCCGGAGCUUAAUUACUAUCAAGGGUACCACGAUGUUGCAUCUGUGGUAGCAAUUGUGUAUGGGGAUGAUGAGCAGGUGGCUUUCAAGUUUUUGUACAAACUCACACUUGAGUAUUUGCGAGAUCACAUGCUUCAGGAUGUAUAUCCCACUACAGCCCAAUUGCGUCUUAUUCCGGGUAUUGUGCUGCGUAUGGAUAGACAGCUUGGCAAAAUUGUGAAAAUUGUUUCUCCAGUGCAUGCGAUCAGUGCGAUAAUCACCUUUUUUGCACACGAUUUGGACAAUUUUCACCACGUCUGCCUAUUAUGGGACUCCAUAUUUGCUCAAAGAGACCCUGCACUUCCUCUAUACCUCUAUUCGGCAUUGCUUGUCGAGUUUAAGCGGCCGAUCCUGAACCAGUUGGAAGAGCUGGAGCCUGGGUUUUCGAAAAAUGCCAGCUGCCAAAUCAACAAGGACUACAUUCAUGCAGUUCUAAACCGGGCAGUGGCGCAGAAUCUGAACGGAAUGGAUCCCAAUGCGGCAACAGAGUGCAUAUUUUCGGCAAUCACGGCUGCAAUAAGUCUCGAAAGGGAAUUCCCAUUCACCAAAAUGGACUGCUCCCAUUCCAUUUCCAGGUUCUCGUGCCUCAGGCACCGGAAAGCAGCGGCGAAAAUGCUCGAUUUGCAAUGUGCAGAAGUGCGAAUGGAACUUGGCAAAAGACAUAGGAGGGAAAAAGUCGUUCGCCGCCUCAAAUUGGUUACCGCUUAUGGCCUGUCAGUUGUAGGAAGUGUGGGCAAAAUGCCCCUACCACUAAAGUUAUCGUUGGGUGUAGGGCUUGUGACGAUUUUGAUUGGUCUAAGCACCGAUCGGAAUGUCGGAAAUCUGCCACACUGGCUUUCCAAAGCGGGCAAGAGUACGAACACCGCACUGGGAAGUAUUUUGGACAGCCUGAGACGGCGAUAG